AUGGAUAAGGUUGAAAGAGAGACUCGUGACUUCAUGAACGUGGAAUCCUUCUCUCAGCUGCCCUUUAUCCGCCCUGCACCCGUCAAAGAAAAGGGCAUUCGCCUCUUCGGCAUAGAAUUCGGCAGCAACAACGACAGUCCAGCAGCUGAGGAGUCUGAGUCAGCCGAAACUAAUGAAGAAACCGUAAAAGAAAGUGAGAGUAGUGACAACAACCGAAGAUUUGAAUGCCAUUAUUGUUGCAGAAACUUCCCUACUUCUCAAGCUUUAGGUGGCCACCAAAACGCGCACAAAAGAGAGCGUCAGCACGCGAAACGUGCCCACCUCCAGUCGGCAAUGGUUCACAACAGCCUCUCAGAUGCACACUAUUAUGGCCUUGUAAACUACAGGAUAGAUUCAACUCCGACCUCAGCCAUGACUUACCCUUCAUGGAAUAGCCACACUACCACUAACAGGUUUUACGGCAGUCAUGGUUCCCAUUCACAACAACCUAUAAAUGGGAGUCCAUUAGGUUUGUGGCGCAUCCCGGCAGUUCAUGGUAAUGCUACUGUCCAUCAUCGUGACCGUUCGAUGCAUCCAUUACCAUUAUUUGCAGGUGAGGAAUUGAAACCCUCACCGGCCGGUGGUUCAAGCUCACAAGGGAGGUAUGGAUAUGAGUCCAAGCCAAGUGUGCAAGACCAAGUGAGUUUAGAUCUUCAUCUGUAA